AUGGCUCAAUCAUCCCCACAAAUUAACACAACAACACUAGCCAUUAAUCAGAUGAAUACUAAUAAACCCCGGCAUGGGAACCGCGCAAACAAAGUCCUAGCUGGUGUAUCAAACCUUUUACCAACAGGAACCGUCCUUGCUUUCCAAACUCUAAUGCCAUCUUUUACCGACGGUGGCUCCUGUCUUCUUACUCACAAGUUCCUCACCGGAAUCCUCAUCGUCCUCUGUGCCGCCGCCUGUUUUUUCUCCUCGUUCACCGACAGUUUCCUCGACGAAAACGGGAAAUUGUACUACGGAAUCGCCGUAUGGAAAGGCCUCCACGUGUUCAACUGUGAUGAACCCGCGAGAAAGCACAUGAAAACUUAUUUAGAAAAUGAUGCUAACGUGCAAAGCUGCUAUUGCCCUAAAGCUGGCCCAAACAUGAAAGCUUUGUUCAUGAAUUUGCCAUUGGCUGCUGGAGUUUUUUCCACUUUUUUCUUCAGUGUUUUUCCUACUACACGUAGGGGAAUAGGCUAUGCAGAUUUGCCUAGAGAUGGUCCGAGUUUUGAUCAUGAGAUGCAUGUUCUUUGUCCUUCAGCUCAGUCAAACACAAAUAACAAGUGA